GGUGUCAGCUGUUUUCCUCCACAGCUGUGACUCCCACAGAACAGCCUCACACUGACCGAGCAGCGCUCCAACUUGGCUCGUACCCGCGCAGCUCGCGCCUCCCGCGGCUCGUCUCCCGCCGUCAGCGGACCGACAGCUCACACCGAUCACCGGAGCAUCCCCGGGACGGGACGGCACGCGGCAUGGCUCCCCGGUCCGUCUCUUGAGGAGGGAGUCCGCGCGGAGCUGUAGUUUCUCUCCAGAGGCGAGGAAUGCAAUCUGAGCAUCAAUGUUUCACUGGGGCAAGUGGAAGAAGAGGAUGGGGGCCAACAGCUCUUCAAAGAGACCCGUUUUCGACGAGAAGGAAGAUGUAAACUUUGACCACUUCCAGAUUUUGCGGGCUAUUGGAAAAGGGAGCUUUGGAAAGGUAUGCAUUGUGCAAAAGAGGGACACUGAGAAGAUGUAUGCCAUGAAGUACAUGAACAAGCAGCAGUGCAUAGAGAGAGAUGAGGUCCGAAACGUCUUUAGAGAGCUUGAGAUCCUUCAGGAAAUUGAACAUGUUUUUUUAGUAAAUCUCUGGUACUCCUUCCAGGACGAGGAGGACAUGUUCAUGGUGGUGGACCUGCUGCUGGGUGGAGACCUGCGCUACCACCUGCAGCAGAACGUGCAGUUCAGCGAGGGCGCCGUCAAGCUCUACAUCUGUGAGAUGACCCUGGCUCUGGACUACCUGCAGAGUCAGCACAUCAUCCACAGAGACGUGAAACCGGACAACAUCCUGCUGGACGAACAGGGUCACGCUCAUCUGACAGACUUCAACAUCGCCACCAUCAUAAAGGACGGAGAGAGAGCCACAGCUUUGGCUGGAACCAAGCCUUACAUGGCCCCGGAGAUCUUCCAGUCUUUCAUAAGUGGGGGUUCAGGCUACGCCUUUGAAGUAGACUGGUGGUCAUUGGGGGUGACGGCCUUUGAGGUUCUCCGUGGAUGGAGGCCCUACGACAUCCACGCCAGCAACUCCGUGGAGUCCCUGAUCCAGCUCUUCAGCACAGUCAGCGUGCACUACAGCCCCUCCUGGCCCAAAGAGGUGGUUGCCCUGUUAAGAAAGCUGCUGACCGUGAACCCGGAGCAUCGCUUCUCCAGCUUGUCGGACAUGCAGGCGUCUCCGUACCUCGCUGACGUCAACUGGGACGCCGUGUACGAGAAGAAGAUGACGCCUGGCUUCGUUCCUAACAAAGGUCGCCUCCACUGCGACCCCACCUUUGAGCUGGAGGAGAUGAUCCUGGAGUCACGUCCUCUCCACAAGAAGAAGAAGAGGCUGGCCAAGAACCGCUCUCGAGACAACAGCAAGGAUUCCCAGUCGGAGAACGACUACCUCCAGGAGUGCCUUGAAGCCCUGCAGCAGGAGUUCAUGAUUUUCAACCGAGAAAAGUUGAAACGGCGCCAGGAGGAGGGUCACUUAGAGGCUGGGGGCGAUGACGCCAGUGGAGACGGCGACGCCGAGGCAGAGGCUGCAGGCACAGACGAGGACGCUGCGGAACCUGAAGCGGAACCUGAAGCAGAACCUGAAGCAGAACCAGAGCCCGGUCUUGAGCCGGAGUCCUCUUCCAAACUGAGCAUGUGCGGCUCCAUGUGCUCGUCCCCCGGCAGCUGCUAGCACCGCGCCCCCUCCCCGCCCCGCGGGCCCUCAGACAGUCGCUGCGGGGUGGGGGCCUCCCAGCAGGCGGGGCGAGUCCUUCCUUCUUCUGUAGCAUCUCUCUGGUUAGGCAUGAAUGAACGCAGCUUGCUGACACCCCCCCCCAACAUGAAGCUAUAACCUCUAUGCAAUGCAAACCCUCCCCAUGAAAGAUAAGGUUGGGGGGGGGGGGGUUCACGAUGACAUCCUGAGCAACACUCAGACUCUUCCCCUCCCUCUUCUGCCUCUGUCAUGUGACUUGCGCCCUCAUUCUGGUUAGACGUGGCCCCCCUUUCUCGUGGACCCCCUCCCUGCCUGCAGCUUCCUGAGACUCAUUUCCCGGCUGGUUUCAUGUGGUGAACCUGUUUGAAGUCGUGCCUGAUAAUCAGUAUUUGUCGUAGCCGUUGACGGGUCCGGAUGUGGGUCUGGUAGUGCUGUCGGUGUUCAUGACGUCCUCCGCCCCCGCUCUCCUCGGGGACAGAGUCUGGAACGAUCUCAGAGCUUUGGCCGCCAAAAGCUGCGUCUCCGUUCCUUAGAAAUCGAUUUAAAGCUGCUUGAAAAGCCUUUGUCCCGUUAAGAGCUUGUUUAGGACCCCGCCCUCAUAGAGCUCAGUUUGGGGCUGUAUUUACACCUGUAGCUCUGUUGGUUCCUCCAACUAUAUAGCUGAGCUAGCAUUAUUAUAUUGGCAUAAUUAACCCUUUAACACCUGAGGCGUCACCGGUGACGCUUAAACACAAAAUCUUUAAAGGGUAACCAAACCUUAAAUCAACUUUUUUGACCUGUUUCAACUGAGCUUUAGAAGUGCUGGUUGAUGCCAAAUGUUUGACAACUUAAAAUAAACUUGUUUAAUUCCUAGAAAUAUUGUCAAAACCGGUCUGUGUGCUCCCCCUACAGGUUGAAACCAGGUUUUACAGUUGAAUUUCCUGAUUGGUCAGCUGGUGUAACGCCUGGUUCACACGAUGCAGAAGCGCUGUGAAGCGACGCCGCUUCCAUUCAGCGCCCUUGUUGACCUAUGGUGUGGUUCACACCAGACGUGGAACGCCACGGUCCUCCGCGGAAGGCUCACACCGUGCAGUACAACGUUUCACCGUCUGCUCUAUUUUGUGCGCGAGCUGCAAGCGAUCCGCGUCAAUUCUGACAAGAAGUUACAUCAGAAACAGGAGAAAAUCUGGUUUAUUUUCAAAAUAUAACCAAUUUUUCACAAUAAAACGCAGCAAUCGACAAAUGCGAUCAUGUUUUUGUAUCUAAACAGACUGUAGAGAUGGAAAUAAACAUACAAUCACAAUAAACACACACAGACCAACGUAGUGGGCCGACUCCGCAGCGGGGCGUGGGGCUGGGUUUGGGUGUAAAAACAAAAGAGAGGUAGAGAGCAGUUCUUCUGAGCAGAAACAUGGGGUCAUAAUUUUAGAUUAUUAUUUACCCAUGAUGGCAAAAACAAAUAAAAAGCUCUAGCAGAGGCUCCUGUCGACCGUUGUGGAAAAAUAUGCGUCUGAUGUGAAGUGCAGGAGAGAGCGGACGCGGCGUUUUGUGGCGCUUCCACGUCCAGUGUGAACCUAGGGUAAGUCCCUUAAGUUGGACGUCAUCAUGCUCUGCAGCACCAGUAUUAAAGCCCCGCCCCUCUUUGAUUCUGUAACGGUCAAUCGUUAGCUUUAGCAUGGCUCAUAGUUGUGUUGCCUUCUGUUGUCAAAAAUCUUCUAGCUAACAUAACUUUCCACAUGACUUGGAAGUAGGUAAAACAGGCUGAGUGCAAUUGGAAUUUGUCCAGAAAACUUUAUCCUGGUAAUGAUUUAAUGAACAUUUCACUUAGGAUUGUUUGUUUAAAAUGUUAGUCUUUAUUAGCUAUGAUGUUAGCAGCGUUUUACCACUCUCAGACACCCUCAGCUGUGCCGGCAGUAGGGCAUUGCAAAAGCAGCAUCUCUACCAUUGAUAUAUGUUACUGGAUUGGCCUAAUCGCUGCUGUAGAUAGAGACGUGCACACUGACACACGCGAUAACUAAGCUUUGAGUCGCGUCAACAAAACGUAGCUGUUUCAAUGUAAAACAUGCAGGCAUCAACCGCACAAAUCAUGCUAUCUUCCUCAUUUCUUAACCGAUUUCCACAAAACAUGGCUCAAAUUAAAGCUUAGGAAAUGAUUGAUGUUGUGCUAUAUUUACCUUUUUAUUAUCCCUAAAAACUAAGCUUUAAAUGGUGCAAGAACGGCGCCUUCUAGUGUUACAGCUACAUAAAGCUAAUCUAACUGUCAAUCAUAGAUCCAAGCCACACCUCUGCCACUCACCCCGCCUUCACUAGCACCACCCCCUUUUUGGCAUUUUUCAGAUCUGGACUGAGAAUGGAGUCCAACUGCCCUGUUUGGUUACCCUUUAAAAUACUGAUACUUUUCAACCAGUCUACUGGAAUUAUUGUGGUAAAGGUUGAAAAGAUCAAAGAACAUAAUUACUGGAGCUUCGGUGUUAAAGGGAAGGUGGUGCCAUUAAUCUCGGUCUUAAACCCAGGGAAAAUGUAGCAGAAUGCCACCUUAAGACCCUAACGAAGUGUAAAUAGACCACGUAGGUAGAGUCGCCACAGUUUUAUGUGGGACACCGUACUCCUUCACUCUGCUCUUUUUCCAAGUGUGCAGGCACAACUUGUAGGCAAAAUAUGCCAAAGCUUUUCUACCAUUUGCAUAACCAUUUCUAAAGACGUUGUGAGUGUGAAUGAGCAUGUGUGUGUGUGUGUUUCUGUGCAACGUGAAGAUGUGCUCAUUUCUACAAUCAUAAUGUGUCAUUGGGACUAAAGUGGACCUCCAAGAUGUUGUGGAACUUCCCUGUUUUGCUGUCCAGCAGGAAGAUUGAUGCCACUCUGAGUCCAGGAGGACGCAGGUGGAUUUUUUUCUGCCAAAUCCUAAAGUACUAAAUUCACAAAGUUCUUUCCUACAGACAAGAUACUGCUGCACAAUUAGGCAAAAAUAUAUUAUUUCUUGAGAAUUUUGGGGGAACUCUGGGAUAUCUUUGAUCCAGACACUGCGUUAUUCCUCAUUAACGCCAACAUUUACAUCGAAGGCUCUGCCCAAAAGCUCAAAGAAGGGUCUACAGUCUUGGCAGGUCGCCAUGGAGCAGUCUGCCCCACAGAGCACAAUAGGUGCUGUUCAAGUGUUCUGUUGCUUAUUGUGUAACUCUCAAUCAACGAUUUUACAGGUAUCUCUUCAAAAUGGGCUUCACCUGGUUCAGGGGUCUGCAACCUUUUCCAGUAAAAGCCAUUCAGACCUGUUUGGUGCCGAUCAAAACCUAAAAGGAGCCGCAAAACCUUUUUUAUUCAUCCUUUUAGGAAAAAUUGACUCUACUUUGCAUCAUUACACUGUUGUUUUUCAUAAUAAAUAUUAAUUAUAUUUAUUUUUGGCUUGAAUAUUUCAUAAACUGGCAUUUUCUCAAAGUGAAUUGUCAUUUUUUACUUUCUUUCAAAAUAAAAGACUUCCUGUCCCAAACAGGGAAAUGCCAGUGAAGCCAUUGUAUUUCUAUAAAGACAUGUUAAACAACCCAAGACAAAUAUGACAUUUCAAUUUAAAAAAAUAACCAUUUAGUCGCAAAUCUGGAAAAAAUUUAGCACGAUUAAUCGCUUUUUUUUGUUCUAGUUACAGUAUUUGCUAGCCACUUAUUAUCUGCAAGUAAUCAUAUUAUAAAAUUUUACAUUUAGAACGUUUAUUUUUAACCUCUUGGGUCUAAAACUAAGUUUUUCUCUAUAUUUGAAUUUUCUGAAUGUUCAAUUUGAAAGACUACCUGCCGCAUAUUUGGUAUAAUUUUAACCAGCACAACCUCUACUAUGUGACUCUACCUUUAUUUUGUCCUUUUUCCAUGUUUUAUUCACACACUAGACAUUAAAACACUAAAUUAUCACUAAAAUAAAUUAAUUUAUAAAUAUUAAAAAUAAAUUAAAUGUAGCAACCCUUACUGUUAAAAAUUGCUAUCAUUUUAUUUGUCUUCAACCAAAGAGCUCCUGUGGAGGGGUAAACGAGGCGCUCCGGAGCCUCAGGUUGCACACCCCUGACCUGGUUGAACAGGACUGGAGCCUGGGCCGCUGUAAUUCAUCGAGUCACCACUAGGGGCUCCGGCAUGUCAGAACAGGAUGACCUGAGAGUCUGGUUUCAGGACUUUUCUUUCUAACGUUGGAGUUAAUGUUGGACCGAUGGGGGCGUGGUCAACAACUGAUCUGUGUCCUCACUCCUCAAUCGUCUGUUUUCCAACAAAUGCCAGGGUAGUUUUACUCUCUUUAUGCCCCGCAGUCUACAGCUCAGUGACAUCAUUUCCUGCCAAGACGGCGACUGCUGUGUUCCUAAAGAUUGUGGCUUUGCAACAGAAAAUGACAUGCAGUGUAUCUGCUGUACCAGAGUAUUUGCUGAGCAUGGACACUGACCUCCACAGAAUCGUCUGCCACAAACCCGUACGGACGCUUCAAAAGGAGAGCCUCCAGCUGGGUCGGUACCUCUUCAUCAUGCUGGAAAAGAUUUCGUGUCCUUUCCUUUAGCUCUGGCUCCAAAGCGUGUCCAAAGCAGAGUUGUAAGUUAGCGUUUUCACAGGGAUGUCAGCACACACUGCACGUUAACGCCUCUGACACCAGAACCGGCCUUUCCUGCUGACAGAGAGGAUCCGAUUCCCCUCACAUUCUGCAGAGCUUUCACUCUUCCUGCUGUGCUGACAGCCACCUGGCAGCUCGUGAUGUUGCUGCUCACCUGUAACACACACUGAGCAGGUAGAUGUCCUGCUGACUCAGCAGUUUUGCAGCAUAUCCCUCUGCCUCCUUUUUCUGUUUGUUGUGCACAAGAGUGGGAUGAAUCUUUUCUCAGAGGAACAGCAAAUGGGCAGAAUCCCAGAACCUGUAGCUGGGUCCGCACACCUCACACCAGAUGUACAGGCUGUCGUGAAGGUUAUGAAGCUCGCCAAACCUUUUCAUGUGUCUGUUUUUCUGCAUGGACCGUAUCAGUAACAGCCUGGAGCUCGAGCCUUCUUCUGACGUGUGCAUGCACGAGUUUGAGUUCUACCUCCAGAACCGGCCGGGCCUGCAGGACGGUUCUGGACGGGGAGUGUUGUACAGACCAUAUAAUCCCAGUGUUCCAUGGACAGCAUGAUCAUUUAAGAUGUAACAGUCCCUCUUGGCAUCCCGUAGGCUGUCUUAACACUCUGUUAAAGGCCUCAGACCCGUGAUGAGGUCCAGAGGUGCAUUCUUUCUGUGCAGCAAAAGGGAAAAUACUGGGACAUCAGGGAAGCCCCGCCCCCAUUAGAGAGAGUUCUCUGCCUUAUCUGUCAUUCCUGUCACUCUACAUAGGCAUGAAGUGUAGAUGUAACUAAACAUCUUUGAUUUUAGAGUGUAAAAUAGGUGAUUUUUACUCGUUCUUUCAGCUUUAGUUUCUGAACCUUCUGUUCAGGUGUUUCCUUCUGGACAGUGCUGCCCCCCCCCAGUGCGCUUUUAGUGUUGAUGUUCUGAAUGCCGGUAGGUGUUGAAGGUAAACGGCAGCCUUCUGCUGCAGGUGGAAGCUGAACUCUACGUCCCUCCUCCUGCUCCUCCGUUUGCCUCCUGUCAUCUUGUGCUGCAGAUUCUUACAGGGAGUCAGUAAAACACCUUGUUUCCAGCUGAAACCACUCAUCAUGUGUUCCUCAACAUGCUGCUUGAAUCGCUUUGAUAAAGAAAUAAAUCUCCUUCCAGAA